AUGACGCCAUCACCAGCUUACAUCGACCCGGAGUACCAAUCCACACAUUACAACCUCUUCAGAGAUUCUAUAACCGUUCCGCUAAAGUCGGUACUGCCACCUGGCGUUAGCCGAGAUGCAUUUGAUGCAGCGAUCGGGAAAUAUAAGGGUAUUGUUGGCGAUGCGCAGGUAUACCAAGGUGAUGCGUUAACGGAGUACAUCGACCCAUAUGAGUUGCAUGAGGCGGAGGGAACACGUAGGAUGCCGAGUGCAGCCGUACGACCAAAGAACGUGGAAGAGUUGAGAGAAGUACUAAAGAUUUCAAACGAGUAUAGCAUACCGGUGUGGACAUUCUCAAGAGGCAAAACCUUGGGUCAAUAUGGUGGACCAGCUCCUCGUGUAACUGGCUCCAUAGCCCUCGAUCUCCAUCGCAUGGACAAGAUCAUCGAGGUGAAUGGCGAAUACGCCUACGCUGUUGUCGAACCUGGUGUUACCUUCACCGAACUCUAUGAUUACUGUGUCAAGAACAAGCUCAAUGUUUGGCCUUCCGUACCAUCGCUCGGAUGGGGGUCUGUGAUUGGCAACACCAUUGAUCGUGGUACAGGCUUCACGCCCACAGCAACGCAUCAUCAGCACAUCUCUGGGGUUGAAGCCAUGUUGGCGAACGGUGAGCUCGUACGAACAGGCCAAUUCGCCGUUUCCAACUCGCCAUCCGCGCAUCUCUCAAAGUUCACAUUUGGACCCAGCAUCGAAGGUCUAUUUCUGCAGUCCAACCUCGGUAUCGUAACCAAACUCGGCAUAUGGCUUACACCCGCGCCGCAAGCUUUCAUGUCCUGCACCUUCGACAUGCCUGAUUUCGAAGACGUGGAGACGAUCGUCGAUACAUUCGGGCCACUACGACGUGACGGUCUGCUUCCGAACACAGUCUACGUAUCGAAUGUGACGGAAUGGCUAGGCAUGAUGGGCCCUCGGGAGGACUUCUGGCCACACAACACCUCAAUACCGGACUGGAGAGUCAAGGAGUUACAGAAGCAAUUCGACCUGGGCUAUUGGAACGCUAAGUUUGGUCUAUACGGCGCGAGAGAUGUUAUUCAAGCGCAUUUCGACGAGUUGAAGAAGAUCAUCGAGAGGAAAGCGCCAAAGGGCCGGUUGACUGGUAAGAUAUUUUCUGCACCGGACGGAGAGACACUAAAUCCUGCAUCUGUUCCUGAGAUGGAUGGUGGCUUCUUCGUUGGCAUACCGACUCUCUGGUCACUUCCUAUGGUAAAGUUCCGCCUGCCGAAGUCCGGAGGUGGUAUCGGUGCGCAUUACGACUACAGCCCAAUCAUCCCUUCCAACGGGAAAGAGAUUCUGGACUGGGUCAAGACAGCGAAGAAGAUCUGCGAAGCGGAUAACUUUGAUUUGUUCUGUGACUUCUUCAUGCAUGAGCGUCAUGUCAUCUUCGUCAACAUGUUCACGUUUGACAAAACAAACGCGACGCAUCGGAAAGCGGUGCAAAGCAUCUUCGAUAACUUGUUCGAGGAGGGGAAGAAGAGAGGAUACAGCAAAUAUCGCAGUCAUGUGAACACCAUGGAUCGUGUCGCUUCACUAUACGACUUCAACGACCACGCGUACCGGAGGUUUGUUGAGACGAUCAAAGAUGCUGUUGAUCCUAACGGUAUACUCUCGCCGGGGAAGCAAGGUAUCUGGCCAAAGCGGUUCCGAGGAAAUGAGGUUUCAAAGGCGCAUCUAUGA